CGACGACGCGCACAAACCAACUCCUACGCUUAAGCUUAACACGCGCCACUUGCCCCUAUUUAGCCGCGCCAUUUUCCCCUCGCUAGCUGUGUGCGCACCACCACCACCCAACCCCAAGUCCAUCCACGGUUUCGAUCACGCUUGACACCAUGGACCGAAUCAUGAGACAAUGGCGAUCUCUGCUGCUGCUGCUGCUGCUGCUCUGCGUCGUCGGCUCGAGCUCGCUGCUGCUGGUGAGCUCGCAGACGUCGUCGUCGUCGUCGGACUCGUGCACCGCCGCGCUCGCCGUCGGCGACCUCAUCCCCUUCAACACCACCGGCCUCAACUGCUUCCAGGCAUGGAGCUCGCAGGACUUCAUCCUCAGGUUCGGGCAGGACGCGUCGGCGGGGAGCAACGUGUGGAACUUCGUGCUGUCGGCGCCGGACGCCGGCGGGUACAUCUCCGUAGGGUUCUCGCCGAACGGGGGGAUGGUGGGGAGCAGCGCCGUGGCCGGGUGGGUGGCGUCGGGCGGCGUGGGCACGGCGAGGCAGUACUACCUCGGCGGGACGAGCUCCCGGUCGUGCCCGCCGGGGCAGGGGAAGCUGUCGCUGUCGACCGGCGCCGCCGCGCCGACCAUCGUGUCCCAGGGCUCGAGGCUCUACCUCGCCUUCCAGUUCUCCGGCCAGCCGCGCACGGACCUCGUCUACGCCGUCGGCCCCGCCGGCAGCUUGCCCGGGACCAAUGGCUUCCUCGCGCAGCACCAGUACAUGACGAGUGGCACCAUCACCCUGCCCACCGGCACCAGCGGCGGCGGCGGCGGAGGCAGCACAUCUACCGGCGGCGGCGGCGGCGGUGGUGACAGCGACGACGGCAACGAGGGUGGCGGCGGCGAAGGGAAGGGCAAGCACAAGCACUCAGGAGGAGACGGCGACGGCGACGAGGGGAAAGGCGGGAGGCGCACGUCACCGUCCUCGUCGUCCAGCGCGACGGCGAGCGGCGCCGCCGGGGGGCUCAGCUCGAAGCGCCGCCACGGCGUGCUCGCGGUGGUCAGCUGGGGCGCGAUGAUCCCCGCCGGCGUGGCGAUGGCGCGGUUCAUGAAGCGGUUCGAGCCGCUCUGGUUCUACGCGCACGCCGGCGUCCAGGGGCUCGGGUUCGUGGUCGGCGCGGUGGCCAUCGUCGCCGGGUUCAGGCUCGACGGCGAGGACGACGUCGGCGCACACAAGGCGGUCGGCGUCGCCGUCCUCGUCUGCGCGUGCCUGCAGGUGAUGGCCGUGCUGGCGAGGCCGAUCAAGGAGGCGAAGGCGCGCAAGUACUGGAACUGGUACCACCACUACGUCGGCCGCGCCGCCGUCGUCCUCGGCGUCGGCAACGUCUUCUACGGGAUGUCGCUGGCCAAGGAAGGGGACGAGUGGAGCUACGUGUACGGCAUCUUCGUCGGCGUCUGCGCCGUCGCGUACCUCGUCCUCGAGGAGUGGAGGCGCAGGCAUUGAGCCGCCGCCGGCCGGCGAGCCGGCAGCGCCGCCGCCGGCGUGGCGCCGACCGGGUCGAUGUGCAGUUUUGCUUUGCUGCUGGUCGCCGUCGUGCCCGUUAUUGUUUUGUACUAUGUGAUUAGGCACUGACGUGUGUCAUUACUACGCCAUUAGUAGCUCGUUUUCUAGGUAUACGAUUACGAUGAGCGUAUUGUUUUAUGAUGUGUUAUUCAUUUCAUUGGUGUAGUUAUGUAUAUUAUCAUAUUUUACAUGAGAUUUACAUACGGAAUCGCUAGAAUUGUGUCGACA